UAUCUAUUGACGGUCACACUCAUUGUUAUGUUUUCGGCGGGACAAUUGCAUUUUCUGGCGUUCAUCGAAUAUAUUGAACCAAAACAGAAAGAUGGUGCCUGACGUCCAGCAACCGCAAAAGGAGCGGCGAUUCUGCGCCCUGGGGAAUCACAGGCUAAGGCCGCCUAUUCGGGAACUGAAGAAUGAGUAUUUGGUGCGUUUCGCCAAUAUAAUAAAUAGCGAAAUCCGGAUAGGACAACUCAUCUGCGGCAAGUGCUUAACCAGUCUGUUGCGACUCUACAAGGAGAAGAACGAAAAUGCCAAAAAACACAAACUCUUAAAAGAGGGCAACAGCGUUUCGGAUGCGAGCUGUAGUCAGCCAGCUGAUUCCUCAUCGGAUCCUAACGCCCUAAUGCCAAGGCCGGCAAGGGUCUUGCCUCCCCUGAGUGAAAGUUCCGAGUGGUCUGUCACAACCACAGUAAGUGAUAAAACUGGCCAGGGAAGUCAAGAAGUUAGUGGGAUUCUUCACACCUCGAGUAGCUCAACAACUGUCAGACCAACUGCAAAUAAUGAAGAUGUUCAGGAAGAUGAGGAGCCUGGUGGAAGCCAAACUAGCUCGAGAAACUGUUCGAGUGUCAGACCAACUGUUAAUAUUGUGUCAAUACAGCAAAUUCGGCAACCUAGUGGAAUCCAACACAACUUUAGUCAAUCUUCGGAUGACAGACCAACUACCAGUGCUGCGGCAGCUAAGAAGAGACAACGUUCGGAGAGAGACGAUGAGGCGGGACCGCGUCCUCAAAGACCACGACCUGCCUUGAUUAAUCCUGAUACUGACGACUACGAUCCCAACUCCAAUCUUAGUCUGAACGCCGUGAAUGGCACACGGUUGCCACACAUCCAACCCAUCCCGAAGAGGCGCCCGGUUACGCAUCUUAACAAGGAGGCAAUGGACAUUUACUUGGCAGGAACCACUGGUGGUUAAUCAACUUAUAUCACUAAUUGUUAAACGUUAAUUGUAGGCUAUGUAUUUUUUGUACUCCUUGUGGAUCUUAAUAGGGGUCCAUGGAUAUUGUGCUCUUGCCGCGGACCCUCAUUCUAGUUUGUAAUAAGCCUUGACUAGUAGUAAGACGUGAAAUGAUGGAUUGUAUCUUAUAUGUUCUUUAUGUCAUUACUAAUAUAAUAAUUUGUGUAUGAUUAAUAAACAUGGAAAUUAAAGAUA